ACAAUUUCUAAUGUUUAACACUUAAACUUUCUAUUUGUCAACGUUGGAUAUAAUUUGGGUGUGAGAAAGCAUAAUGGAGAAGAUGAAAAUGUUUAAGGAAGUUGGUGGAAUACGUACGUUUACAUUUAACUCUGAAGGAUCUGUUUUAUCUGGAAUGAAUUAUAAAGCGAAACCUGGAGAUUUAUUUCUCGUUAGUUAUCCGAAAUGUGGAACAACUUGGAUGCAUCAUAUAGUCAACUUAAUUUUUCUUAAAGGUCAACCAUCCGAGGAUCCGUUAGAUUUCCUGUUAAGUUGUCCAUAUUUAGAAGUUGUGGGAGGAGAAUACAUAGAAAUGGCAAAACCGAAAGCAAUGAAAACACAUUUACCAUUUUCUGCUAUUCCUUUUUCUCCAGAAUCUAAAUACAUUUACAUUACCAGAAAUCCUAGAGAUUGCUGCGUUUCUUACUAUCAUUUUAUGAAAUUACUUCCAUUUCCCCAGAAAGAAUUAAGUUUUCAAGAAUUUUUUGAGGCAUUUCUCCAAGGUAAUUUAGAAGGAGGCGAUUAUUUCGAUCACCUUCUCGGAUGGUACAAACAUAAAAAUGACGACAACGUUCAUUUUGUAACAUACGAAGAUCUGAAGAAAGAUACCAAGGGAGAAAUAUUGAAAAUAGCCAAAUUUAUGGGAGAAGAAUACGAAAAAAGUAUUUUGAAUGAUCCAACAAUAUUAGAAAAUAUUAUUCAUUACAGCAGUUUCGAUUAUAUGAAGGAGAGCGGCAAGAAGNCGAAAUUCUAUUAUUUUGUGCAUGAAAAUGCAAAGAAAUUUCGCUGUGAAGAUUGUGGAAAAGAAUUCCGUUUCAAGUCCAAAUUAGAAGGUCAUCGCAGGAUUCACACGGGAGAAAAGCCAUUUCCUUGUCAGUUCUGCGCUCGAAGAUUCAGCCAUAAGCUGGAUUUACUAAGGCACGUUAUGAUUCAUUCUGGAGAGAAACCUUUUACCUCAAGGAAGAGAAAUGCCGACAACGAUAUGCGACCAUUGCAAGCGGAAAUGCGACCAUUGCAAGCGGAGCUUUACACGACGCCAUCAUCUAAUAAUAUUAUUGCUCUUGGAAGUAGUGGGAAACCUAUAUAUGAACAAAUUGAUCUCCUCAACAGAGGAAACCAGAAACUUUGUGAUUCACAGGCACUGCUGCAAAAAAGUGAAGAAAGAGUGCUUCAAAAAAGACUUAGAUUAAAGUGCUUGUUUGUUGUGACUGAUAUUUUGGCAGGAAAGAAGAGCAAAACUGAAAAUCAACAAUUAGAAAACGCUAAGAAUAAAAUUGUGCUGAUCUAUUUUUUUGCAUAUUGGUGCGGUCUUAGCAUGGGAAUGGAUGAAGUUAUCGAGGAUUUGGCAGACAAUUAUCGAGAUAAAUUACACGUAUUGAAAAUUGACGCGUCAAAACAUAGAGAAAUAGCAAAAGAAUACAAGAUUAAAUACGUUCCCACGUUUAUAUUCGUUUUUAAUGGAAAAAAUAUCGAGGAAUUUGAAGGAGCGGAUCAAGAUCAAAUGUUUUUUUUUAUGUUUCUAAAUAGGGGAACUUUGAUAAAGAAUACAGCAAACCGGAAGAAACCGGCUUAUAUAAAUUGCGACGGUGUUAUAGUGAAAGCGGUGUAUUCUCCGGAUGCAGUUCGAUCAGCAAUGAAUUACCAUCAUCGUCCAGGAGAUCUUUUCAUUGUAACUUAUCCGAAAUGCGGUACCACGUGGAUGCAACACAUCGUUAUGUUAAUUUUACGAAACGGAAAACCCAUAAAUGAUCCAUUGGAGUUUUUCUUUAGAACACCUUCUAUUGAAAUGUGUGGAGCGGAUGCUAUUGAUCUCAUGCCCGGUCCGGGAGUUAUUAAAACACAUCUUCCUAUGGAAAAAAUGAAGAUGAAUCCAAAAGCAAAGUACAUCUUUGUCGCUCGAAAUCCUAGGGAUUGUUGCGUAUCUCUUUACUACCAAAAUAAGAAUUUUCCUUUUUAUAAAUUCGAGGAUGGUACUUUUGACGAAUUUUUUGAGUUAUUUAUUGAAGGUAAUGUAGAUUACGGAGAUUACUUCGAUCAUUUGCUUCCUUGGUAUAAUAGGAGACACGAUGACAAUGUAUAUUUUACCACUUUUGAGAGAAUGAAAAAGAAUAUUAAAGAAGAAGUCUUAAACAUUGCAGAAUUUAUUGAUAAAAAACAAAGAGAAAAAUUAGAGAAUGAUCCGAAAUUGCUCGAUGAUAUUUUAUAUUACAGUAGCUUAGAUUAUAUGAAAAAUCAUUCGAAUUUUAAAGGCCUCAUACAAAAACUUUCAGAUCACAUCAAACGGGGGGAAACUAUUUCAUCGGGAUUAAAGGCUUUCUACGAAAAUUUACGUAACGAAAGCAAGAACAAAACUGCAAAAGGACAAUUUAUUAGAAAAGGAAUUAUUGGAGAUUGGAAAAAUCAUUUCACUCCCGAACAAGAAAGAAUAUUUCAAGAAAAUAUUCAAAUGAAAACAUGUAAUAGCGAUGUUAUGGAUCUGUGGAAGGAAAACUUGUUAUCCAGUACAAAGUAUGAUGUAAUCCAUACAAUACUUCUGUACUGUGUGGAGAAACUUCGGAAUAGAUUUGUGCCAAGAAUCCUGGAGGAGCCCGCUCUACCCCAGGCGCCAUACAAGAUCGCCAUAUCUCUGGUUACAAUGGAAGACGAAAUCAAAAGACCUAACUACAUAGAUGUCGACGGUUUCCGUUUACCAGGAGCAUUCUCGCCGGAGGCAUUUCGUUCGGCAAUCAAGUACAAACCAAAAAAGGGAGAAAUAUAUGUGGUAACGUAUCCGAAAUGUGGAACGACGUGGAUGCAAUGCAUAAUCAUGUGCAUCGUGAGAAAAGGGCGGACUUUCGCAAAUGCGUUGGAUUAUGCAAAGAACUCUCCUUUCAUAGAAUUUGCAGGAGCCGAUGCAUUAGACUACAUGGAAGACCCCGGGGCAAUUAAAACUCAUUUGCCUUUUAGUCUGACACCAUUUUCGCCCCACGCAAAAUAUAUUUACGUUGCAAGAAAUCCUAAAGAUUGCUGCGUUUCUUUUUACCAUCAUACAAAAUUGUUUGGUUUUUAUAACUUCGGCGAUGGCACUUUCGAUGAAUAUUUCGAACUUUUCGUCAAAGGCGAAACAGAUUUCGGGGAUUAUUUCGAUCAUCACUUAUCGUGGUACGAGCAUAAGGAUGAUCCCAACGUCUACUUCCUUACUUAUGAAGAUUUGAAAAGCGAUACUCGAGGAGAAGUGUUAAAGUUAGCAAAAUUUAUGGGAAAGGAGCAUUAUGAAACUUUAGUAAAUAAUCCGGAUAUUCUCGAUAAAGUUCUCGAGUGUAGUAGUGUCAGCUACAUGAAAAAAACAAUGAAUGAAUCGUUUGAUGAUAUGUUUAUAAAAACCUCGGAUCAUCUUGAUAAUCCGGGUCUGCCGUCUGGAGUUAGAGCAUUUGGUGAAUAUAUGAAGAAACAUCCCCGUUUCUCGAUAAAAGUAGGUGGCCAGUUUAUUCGCAAAGGUAUAGUCGGAGAUUGGAAAAACCACUUCAGUCCCGAACAGGAAAGGAGAAUGGAAGAAAGAAUUAAAGAAAAAACAAAAGGUAGUGAUUUGAUGAAAUUAUGGAAUAAAUAAUUUUGUUAUUUCUUUUGAUUGUAAUAAGUGCAGUUCGAGAUUUUGAAUAGUUAUACUGUGUAACAAUACGAUAUGAAUUAAAAUUUAACUGAUUUUUUUGCAUUUAAUGUGUAAUUUUUUAAUUAUAUUUGUAAAAUAACAAGCAUAAGUGUAUUUUAUAUUAUUAAAAUUUUUGGUAUUAUUUAGAACUGCAUAUAUCAAUUUUUUUAUAUUAGUAUCUUAAAAACUUGUUGAUGUAUCAUUUAGGUUAUGAA